AUGAGUACGGAAACUCCAAGCCCAAGUAGCGGAAAUAGUAGCGACAGUGAUACGCCGUCAUCUUCACGUCUAAGUGGAAAACCAAUGAAGUGUCGAUUUAAUGAUUGUGAUAAUCUUGCUGUGGAUGGAACAAGUAAAUGUGCCUUUCAUAAAAAUCGACGACAAUGUUGCGUGGAAAAUUGUACAAAUCAAGUGUAUGCACGCAAACUUUGUGUACGUCAUGGUGGCAAAAAACAAUGUCAAGCUGAUAAUUGUGAAGCUCAUGCACGUGGUGGUGGAUUUUGUUUACAACAUGGUGGAUUUGUAGUUAAACGCUUUUGUAUUGUUGAAGGAUGUUCGAAACAAGCUCAUGCACGACAGAAAUGUGUACGACAUGGUGGUGGACGACGAUGUAAAGUGGAUAGUUGCAUGCAACAUGCACGUGCGGGUGGAUUAUGUAAUCGUCAUUCUCAUGGUCAUGAAUGUCGUGUGGAUGGAUGCAACAAAACGGCGCAACAUUCGGGUUCCAUUUGUUUUCGUCAUGCUAUGGAAUUACGUGCACAUGGAGAAGAAGUUCCAGAACUUAAUAUUUCAAAAGGUGGACGAUUAA